CGGGUCGCCGCGGCCCCAGGGUACUGGUCUCGGUCUCCCGCAGCCGGCCGGAGCUCCGAGCGCCCAGCCGGGCCCGGCUCCGGCGGCGGCCGCGGCUGCUUUCUGCUCACCUCGGCCGGGGCGUCCUCGGCGGCGGUGCCGGGGGACUUCACGGGGCUCUUUGAAAGAAACGUCUGACUCACUGCGACCCAGGGACUGGGAUCCUGCUGGUGUGGGCAGCCCCUGUGCUCUGACCCUCCUCCUGUCUCUGCGUCAGCCUCACUAGCCUUCCUGCUGUUCGCGUGCCGGCUUCCUCCUGGCCUCAGGAAAGUGGGGUGUGACGGUGAAGGGCAUGGGCCUUGUAGCAGCUGGCCUGGGUGCUCACCUCAGCCCUGUAACUCUGGGCGCGUUCCUUAGUGUCUCAGUUUUCCCAUUUGUAAAAUGGCGGUAACAAUACCACCUACCUCCUAGGGCUGCUGAAGACAGGAUGAGUUAGGAUGUGUGGGCACCUGGCAUGUAGUAAGCACUCAUGGUGUUAGUCCGGGACCUCCCUCCCUGCCAACACCUCACCCUCUGGGUCUAACCCUCACUUUCUCAGGGGCUUUUCAACCCACCCCCACCCCUAUGAAAUCAGGUUCGAUGCCCCUGAUCAUAUUUUCCAGCAGUCAAGGACCUUGUCUGUCCUAUUCCCACUGCAGUGUGGCGCGCCUGUCCGCUGAGUGUGUUGGAGCCCUGGUGUAGCUCAGGCCAGCUCUGCUUCUGGCCUGGCCUCGGCGGCCACUGAUGGGACGUGGACCAUUUCAAGGAAUGACGUGCUUCUCGUCUUCCCCUUCCAGAGUGUUCUGCGGGUCCAGGCAGGCAGCAUGUCAACACGUCUGGCAAUGUUCCUGCCUCUAACCCAGAAGCCAUGAAGGAGAUAAGGUAGCCCCCGUCCCUGGAUCGGAUUGGAUGGGGAAGCCCAGUUCAAUGGAUGCAAAAUACAAGGAUGACUUGUUCCGGAAGUACGUGCAGUUCCAUGAGGGCCAAGGGGACGCCACCCCCGGCAGUGAUGAGUCCCUGCGGGCGGCAGCCUCCACCCUGCUCAGCCUGCACAAGGUGGACCCCUUUUAUCGAUUCCGGCUGAUCCAGUUCUAUGAGGUGGUGGAGAGCUCCCUGCGCUCACUCCGCUCCUCCAGCCUGCGGGCCCUGCGCUGCGCCUUUGGCGUGCUCGAGACGGUGGGCGUCAACCUCUUCCUCUGCCCCUGGAAGAAGGAGUUCAGAAGCAUCAAGACCUACACGGGCCCCUUCGUGUACUACGUCAAGUCGACGUUACUGGAGGAGGACAUCCGAGCCAUCCUGAGCUACAUGGGCUACGUGCCCGAGCUGGGGACCGCCUACAGGCUCAAAGAGCUGGUCGAGACGCUGCAAGUGAAGAUGGUCUCCUUCGAACUAUUUCUGGCCAAGGUGGAGUGUGAGCAGAUGCUGGAGAUCCACUCGCAGGUCAAGGACAAGGGCUACACGGAGCUGGACGUGGUGAGCGAGCGCCGGGGCAGCGCGGAGGACGCGCGGGGGUGCGCGGAGGCCCUGCGGCGGCGCGCCGAGGCCCGCGAGCCGCUGUCGGCCUCCAUGGCGCGCAUGGUGCUGCAGAAGUCGGCCAGCGAGCGGGCGGCCAAGGACUACUACAAGCCCCGCGUGACCAAGCCCUCGCGGUCGGUGGACACCUACGACAGCUACUGGGAGAGCCGGAAGCCUCCCCUGAAGACCUCGCUGAGCCUGAGGAAGGAGCCGGCGGCCGCGGAGCCUGGAGAUGAGCUCAAGGACGAGAUCGUCCGCCCGCCGCCCUCUCUCCUGACCGUGGCCAGCUCCCCGCACGGCGGCGCCGACGACCUGCCGGCCCCCGCGCCCAGCAAUGGGCUCGGCCUGCUGCGCAGCCCCUACCUGCCCGGCCCAGACGACGUGGAUCUGUACACGGACGCGGAGCCCCGGGCCGCCUACCGGAGGCAGGACGCCCUGCGGCCGGACGUCUGGCUGCUGAGAAGCGACGCCCACGCCGGCUACCACAAGCGCUCGCCCCCCGCCAAAGAGUCCGCCCUCUCCAAGUGCCAGAACUGCGGCCUGGCCUGCAGCGCCGCCCUCUGCCAGCGCUGCGACAGCCUGCUGGCCUGCUCCCCGGCCGCCAAGCCCAGCGCCUUCCCCGGCAAGGCCUCCGGCCACGACAGCCUGGCCCACGGGGCCGCCCUGCGGGAGAAGUACGCGGGCCAGACUCAGGGCCUCGAGCGGCCGCCGCACCUCCACUCCAAGUCCAAGCCGCCCGCCGCCGCCACCUCCCGCUGUGGCUUCUGCAACCGCCCGGGGGCCGCCAACACCUGCACCCAGUGUUCCAAAGUCUCCUGCGACGCCUGCCUCAGCGCCUACCAUUACGACCCCUGCUGCAAAAAGAGCGAGCUGCACAAGUUCAUGCCCAACAACCAGCUGAACUACAAGUCCACCCAGUUCUCCCAUCUCGUGUACAGAUAGACGCCGCCCCGCGCCUCCUGCUCCAAGGGCUACGCCUCCGACCUUUCUGGUGUCCCGGGGAAGCAGCGCUAAGGCCUAGAUCUCAGAAGCAGGGCCCAGCCCUUGGCCACGCGGGUACUGGGGGCUCCUGGGGCCGGCCACCCCACGUGGGAGUUCCCUUACCGAUUCAGAUUAUUUGAGCUGAUGGCUGCUCUGUCGUCUGUCAGGAGGGAGGGUGGCGCUUCCGUUGGGAUUCCUUUUUGCUAAUCUCUCCACUCCCUGUUCCAUUUUUGGGGGGGGGAUUGUUUCUUCAAGAUAGUUUCUAUCUCUGGGACUCUUGCCGACCACUCACUCCCACGGCGAAGCCAACUUGGAUUGGGAAGGGCCCCCCGGGUCGCUUCCAGAUGCCCACCUGGAGCGGUGAGCUAGAGGCCUGUUGGCUUGUGAAAUGAGCCCUCCUGCCACACCGGGCCUCCUCCACUGGCUCAUACCUCCGCCGCCGUCCCCAGACACCGGGACCCCCGCCGGCACCCCCCACCUGCCUUCCCUGCCUUUACGCGUCAAUGGUGACCCGAGCCCAGGAUUCACUGAAUGUCAUGCUGUUGCCUGCAAAGCUCAGCGCAGCCGUGGGGUCUGUGAACUUGGCCCUCCGCUCUGCAGUGUGGACCUUCCACCACGGCACUGACCCCCUCCACCCACUUCUGUUGUUUGCACAUCCUUUUCUUUCCGUACUGUACAUAGAUAUUUUUGAGAUUUAUUUUUAAAUAAAUAUUCAACUUGC